CUGAGGAGUGGGUCACAGCACGAGCUUCAUGUUAUUCUGAUGACAGGAGAGCAAACAGCUCUGUGGACCCAAUAAAGGCUGCUCUCUGUGUCCCGCUGAAUUAAGCUGCAGUUCUGUGGGUAUAAAAGUUGAUCUUUUUCUCCCGCUGCGGGCUGAGAGGACCAGAGGAAACCGGAAGCUGAACGAACAGAGGAUGGCGGGAGUGUUUGACAUCGACCUGGAGACGGAGGACAUCAGCGACACAGAGGAUGAUGCCUGUGAGCUGACUGUCGUGGAACCCGACAGCGCUCAAACCGAGGAGGUGGAGCUCACCAGUGAGAGCGUCAACAGAGACAGCGAGAGAGUCGGACCCGAUUGUUUCGAGCUCCUUAGGGUGCUGGGGAAAGGAGCCUAUGGCAAGGUGUUCCAGGUGAGGAAGGUUCAAGGGCCCCAAACAGGAAAAAUCUUCGCCAUGAAGGUCCUAAAAAAGGCAAAGAUAGUCUGCAACGCCAAAGACACGGCUCACACACGAGCAGAGCGGGAGAUCUUGGAGAAGGUGAGACACCCGUUCAUCGUGGAUCUGCUGUAUGCCUUCCAGACGGGUGGGAAGCUCUACCUCAUCCUGGAGUGUCUGAGCGGAGGAGAGCUGUUCAUGCAGCUGGAGAAGGAGGGCAUCUUCAUGGAGGACACGGCCUGUUUCUACCUGGGAGAGAUCACCAUGGCCCUGGGUCACCUUCACUCUAGCGGGAUCAUUUAUCGAGACCUGAAACCUGAGAACAUCAUGCUCUGUCAGCAGGGACACAUCAAGCUGACGGAUUUUGGCCUCAGUAAGGAGUCCAUUCAUGAUGGAACCAUCACACACACCUUCUGCGGCACCAUCGAGUACAUGGCUCCAGAGAUCCUCAACAGAUCAGGUCACAACAGAGCAGUGGACUGGUGGAGCCUCGGGGCUCUGAUGCACGACAUGUUGACUGGAUCGCCUCCUUUCACGGCUGAAAACAGGAAGAAGACGAUCGAUAAGAUCCUGAAGUGUAAAGUGAAUCUUCCUCCAUAUCUGACGGUCGAUGCCAGAGACCUGAUCAAGAAGCUGCUGAAGAAGAAUCCGUCUCAGAGAAUCGGUUCUGGUAAAGGUGACGCCGCUGAUAUCCAGAAACAUCCGUUCUUCAGGCACAUCAGCUGGGAGGAGCUGCUGAAUAAGAGAGUGGAGCCGCCAUAUAAACCCCAGCUGCAUUCAGAGGAGGACGUGAGCCAGUUUGACACCAGGUUCACCAGACAGACUCCGGUGGACAGUCCAGACGACACCAGGCUGAGUCACAGCGCAGAGCUGGCCUUCGCUGGUUUCUCCUUCGUGGCCCCGUCGGUCCUGGAGAGCCUCAAAGAGGGGUUCUCAUUUGAACCUCGGUCGCGUCACAUGCGCCGCCACAACAGCAGCCCACGGACGCCCAUCAGUCCUCUGAAGUUUUCUCCUGCCGGACCCUUUAAGUCCAGCCUGGACGGGGAGCCGGACCUCUUCUCCCCCACGUCUCCACCUGCUGCUCCGCCUCGCGCCCCGCUGGAAAACGGAGCAGCCAGUCAGCCGAUCAAGACGCCUUCAAGGAACAAGAAGAAGAAAGACCAUCGGAGAUGAAGCAGCAAUCUCCCCAAGGUUCAUUUCUGCUCCUACAAACGGUUUCUGCCCAGCGAGCGCCCAGGCAGGAGGAGUUAGGAAAGUGGAUCAACAGAGAUGCGUCUGAAAGCGGGAAUAAUCAGAGGAAUUCUGCCUCUCCUGGGAAAUUAUCCGCAGAUCGGCUCCCAAUAAGUCCAGUUAACAAGAAAACAAAACGUCUGGACGUAUUUAAUUAAAAAAGGGCAGAGAGCUAUUGAUUUUCCUUUAGCAGCUUCCCUGUGAAUUUAUGAUGGGUGGAGGGGGGGGGUGAUGGAUUGACUGGAAGCUCUGGUGUUUAAUUACAGCGAAAGGAAGUAGUGAUUUAAGGAGUCCACCAGAGCUGGAACAUCUGGGCAGAUGUUUAAUUAGAGAAAAUAUGAAAACAACCUUUAGCCUCCAGGAGCUCUAACAGGAUUUCUGCUUCUUUUUCCUUCUUCCUGUUUGGUGUUUCAUUUAUUUCUGCAUGCGUGUAACGUGAUGGGGAACCCUCUUCUGGUUGACGACUCAUCGUCCAACACACCUUUUUUUUUGUUUUUUGUUCUUUUGUUGCCUCCAAAGGAGAACAAUCAACCAAUCAGAGCAGGCUCCGCCUUAAUGAGACAGGAAGUAAAAAGAAUCCUCGUCUUCGACUUUGAAAUUCUGAGUUUGUUGAAUGUGACAUGGACUUUUUAGGACUGUGUGAAUGUAUAUAGAAACCUACUGAUUGGGUAAUCAUUGAAUGUUAGGUUUUAUGUUCUUUUCUUGUCUUCUGCCAAAGUUAUUCACAGGAUUUAUCACCUGAUCGGAUCAAAGGGACUCACCCCAUCAUGA